GUGGUUUCGGGCUCUUUCCCAUCAAUUUCCUACGAACCAAACACUAUUUUUUUAUUAUUAUUGUUAUUUAUUAUUUUGUAUUUUUCAUUAAAUUACGUCUACCUUUCACUUUCUCUCAAGAAAAGCUGACGCCAUCAACGACGUAAGCCGAGCCCAGCAGCGAUGGCUGAUGCCAUUCGCAUCGUCACCUAAACGACUUCAUCUCCCAAACGAAAACACAGACGCACCCUCCAAAUCUACUUCUCUCUCUCUCUCUCUCUCUCUCUCUCUCUCUCUUUCUAUUCCUCAAACUUUCUCUCUCUUUCACCAAAAUUGGGCUUUGAAAGUGAAAAAUGAAAUUUCGUGGUCUCCGCGGGACGUACCCUUUCAUCAUCAUCACCAAUCUUUUGGCCUCUCUCUUCCUUUUUCUCUCUCCCCUUUUGUCAAUUUGAGAAUUUCUUGGAUUUUGAUGCUGUCUGCUCUUGCUUCUAUAGGAUAGAAUUGCAGCUUUUUUAUUCUUUUAUUUUUAUUUUUUAUUCCCUUUCUUCUGGGUAAUUUCAUCUAGUUAGUUUUUAGUGGAUAACAAAUCAAGGUUCGGUUUUUAGUCGUUGAGGCUGAAGUGGUUUUUUUUUUUUUUUUUUUUUUUUUUGGGUGUUUCUUCCGGGUUGAUUCGUUUCUUGGCUUUUGAGUCUUCGUUUGGUUGUUGAAGUUAAUGUAAGAUUUGGAACCAAUUUUUUGUCUAAGCAUAUUGAGUACUUAACAAUUUUCCUUUUAUAGAUUUUUUUUUUUUUUUUUCCCUUUUCCUCUUUUUGUUGGGGGGGCUUAGAUUUGUUAGUGAUCUGUUCUGCUGUGGAAGCUGCAGAAAGUGCAAGAAAUCCGAUUUGGUUCUAAUCAUAAUGAAUUCCAUUCAAGUUUUGUCGGUUUGUAGGAAUUGUGGGAUUUGAUACUCAGGUUUCAUCUAUUUAUGCAAGUCUUGUGAUUAUUACCCAUUUCAAACUUAGCAGUUCUAUUCCUCACUUUGGUCAAAUUUCUGUUUCUGACUGUUAAAUUUUUAAUUUGCCUUUAGUUUGGAUCCUCUCCUUUUAUGUAUUUUGUCGAUAUUCUUCAUCCCCUGUUAAUGAUUUUCCCGUUAAGGUCCCGUUUCGAGGACUUGAGCAUAGCUAUUUUCUUAUAGCAAUCAGAAACAUCGUUGUAUAUUUUCAUAUUUUUGUAGUUAACAAUCAAAGAGUUUCAAAACUGGGGCUUUUUAUUCUAUCAGGCAAGCAGUUGUGAUAGGGAUUUCGGGUUUAUGGUUCAUGUAGAGGUGUAAUAGGCUUCAACAUUCCCACCCAAGUUGGAAAUCAAGUUGAUUAAUGGCUAUAUCAGCUGAACCAUCAUCCUCGUUGAGCUUCACUUCAUCUUCCAAUAUAUCAAAUGGCUCGAUUAGCCAUAAGCUAUCAUCUGCCUCGGAAGUGCCUAGUCUUGAAGUAAUAAGUUUAAACAAGCUUAGUUCUAAUUUGGAGUUGCUCUUGGUUGAUUCCAGUUAUGAUUAUAGUGAUGCUGAAGUUAUAGUUGAAGGAAUUCCAGUCGGAAUUCACCGGUGUAUAUUUGCCGUUAGGAGUAGGUUUUUUCAUGAUUUAUUCAAGCAAGAUAAAGGGGAUUCAGAGAAGGAAGGCAAACCAAAGUAUUGCAUGAGCAAGUUGUUGCCUUAUGGCAAGGUUGGACAUGAGGCCUUCUUGGUUUUCAUGAAUUAUUUGUAUACUGGGAAGUUGAAGCCCUUUCCCAUGGAGGUGUCAACUUGUGUAGAUAAUAGAUGUCCCCAUGAUGCUUGUGGACCUGCUAUUAAUUUUGCUGUGGAAAUGAUGUAUGCCUCAUCCAUUUUUCAAAUGUCGGAGCUGGUUUCACUAUUCCAGCGCCGUCUUCUUAACUUCGUUGGGAAAGCCCUUGUAGAAGAUGUCAUCCCAAUUCUUGUGGUUGCGUUCCAUUGCCAAUUGAAUCAGCUAGUUUCUCAAUGUGUUGAUAGGGUGGCACGAUCAGAUCUUGACAUCAUUUCUCUUGAGAAGGAGCUUCCCCAUGAAGUUGUAGCAAACAUUAAAUUGCUCCGCCCCAAGUCUCAGAACAAUGAUGAACAAAAUUUAGAGGUUGUGGAUCCCUUGCGUGAAAAGAGAAUCAGGAGAAUACAUAAAGCCUUAGACUCGGAUGAUGUUGAACUUGUGAAACUUCUCUUAUCUGAGUCUAAUAUAACCUUAGAUGAAGCAAAUGCUCUCCAUUAUGCUGCAGCUUAUUGUGAUCCUAAGGUUGUCUCUGAGGUGCUUGGUCUUGGUCUGGCUGAUGUCAACCUUCAAAAUUCUCGGGGUUAUACUGUGCUUCACAUUGCUGCAAUGCGCAAGGAACCAUCAGUUAUAGUAUCACUUUUGACCAAAGGAGCUCAUGCUUCAGAACUUACUUUGGAUGGUCGAAGUGCUGUUAGCAUUUGCCGUAGAUUGACAAGGCCAAAGGAUUAUCAUGCGAAAACAAAGCAGGGGCAAGAAGCUAACAAAGACCGGAUAUGCAUUGAUGUUCUUGAAAGAGAAAUGCGGAGAAGCCCAAUGGUUGGUGAUGCAUCCAUAUCUUCUCCAUUGGUGGCUGAUGAUCUGCACAUGAAGUUGCUCUACCUGGAAAACAGAGUGGCAUUUGCUCGAUUGUUCUUCCCUACUGAAGCUAAGCUAGCCAUGGACAUUGCUCAUGCUGAAACUACAUCAGAGUUUGCUGGGCUUUCUGCAUCAAAAGGAUCAAGUGGAACUUUGAGGGAGGUUGAUUUAAAUGAGACGCCAAUCAUGCGGAACAAAAGACUUCGUUCUAGGAUGGAAGCCCUCAUAAAAACAGUGGAGAUGGGCAGGCGCUACUUUCCUCAUUGCUCGGAAGUUCUGGAUAAGUUCAUGGACGAUGACAUGAAUGAAAUGUUUUAUCUUGAUAAAGGCACACUUGAUGAGCAGAGAAUCAAGAGGACGCGCUUCAUGGAACUUAAGGAGGAUGUUCACAAGGCAUUUACAAAGGACAAGGCGGGGUUCAACCAUGUUGGUUUGUCUUCCUCGUCAUCUUCCUCUUCUUUAAGGGAUGGUUUAAAAAACAAGGUUCCAAAGUUUUGAUGCUUGUAAAUUCUGUCUCUAAUAAGGCUGACAAAUAUCAUCAUUUUUUUUCCCCUUGUAUGUUGAUGAGAGCCUAUUUCAACUCUUGGCUCCUUCUAUGUAAUUUAUGCAGAAAAGGACCUAUUUGACCCUGUUUAACUACUGUGUUAGGAACUAGCAAAACUUACUUAGUUUUGAAUAUUAUUUGAUAACUCUUGCAAGUUGGGACUUGGGAUGCUUUGGUAAUUGAAAACCAUAUGAUUCUGAGGA